AUGUCUGUGACCAGCUGGAAGACAAGGUCAUCCCUGACCCAGGAGAUCCUCAGCCACCUGGGCCUUGCCAGCAAGACUGCAGCUUGGGGAACCCUGGGCACCCUCAGGACCUUCUUGAGCUUCAGCGUGGACAAGGAUGUGCAAAGGCUGCUGAGGGCCAUUGCAGGCCAAGGUGUGGACCGUGGCUCCAUUGUGGACGUACUGACCAACAGGAGCAGAGAGCAAAGGCAGCUCAUCUCUCGAGCCUUCCAGGAGCGCACCCAACAGGACCUGCUGAAGUCCCUGCAGGCAGCACUCUCUGGCAACCUCGAGAGGAUUGUGAUGGCUUUGCUGCAGCCUGCAGCCCAGUUCGAUGCCCAGGAAUUGAGGACAGCCUUGAAGAACUCAGGUUCUGCUGAGGAUGUGGCCGUGGAAAUUCUUGCCACCCGAAGCCCAGCCCAGCUGCAGGAGUGCCUGAUGGUCUACAAACAUAAUUUCCAGGUGGAGGCUGAGGAGGACAUCAAAUGUGAGACCAGCGGCAUCUUGCAGGAACUGCUCCUGGCCCUGGCCAUGGGGGCCCGUGAAAGCUACUCUGGAAUCAUUGACUAUAACCUGGUGGAACAGGAUGUCCAGGCAUUAAAACAAACUGAAGGGCCCAGCACAGAGGGCACGUGGGUCCUAAUCUUCACCCAGCGAAAUCCUGAACACCUCGUCCGAGUGUUCGAUCUGUACCAGCGGUAUACUGGGCACGAGCUGGAGAAGACUGUCCAUCACCUUUUCCACGGAGAUGCCCAGGCAGCUCUGCUCAGCCUAGCCUCGGUGAUCAGGAGCACACCGCUCUACUUUGCUGAUAAACUUCAUCAAGCCCUCCAGGACAUCAAGCCCAAUUACCAAGUCCUGAUGCGCAUCCUUAUCUCUCGAAGUGAGACUGACCUUCUAAGCAUCCGAGCUGAGUUCAAAAAGAAAUUUGGCAAGUCCCUCUACUCUUCUCUCCAGGAGGCAGUGAAAGGGGACUGCCGGUCAGCUCUACUAGCCCUGUGCAGGGCCGAGGACAUUUGAGGCCUCCCUGCCCUCCUGCCCUCCCUACCACACCAUGAUAUCCAAGGAUCUACGAUCCCCAUGUUUGGCUGAUCCUGCAGGAAAUCAGCUGGACCUCCAAAUAGGAUAACCCCUCACUGAGCACCCAUGCUCCAGCUUCUUGUUGAGGCUAGAAUUUGAAGUCUCUUUUGAAUCCCUUGAUUUCCUCACCUCAAAGUGAUGCCUCACCUGGGUCCCCUAUCUCUGUCUUGGGUAUAGACAGCUCUUUGAUGGUUUCUGCCCUACUCAUCCUUCCCAUACCCUGGCCAAAACAUCUCACUGA